AUGUCCUCGAUAUCUAUCCCUGCGACAGAUGUCGAAUUGACACUCGAACAGCUGGUAGACGUGAGCUUAAAGAAGAACUACCCGCCCAGCGCGUUUGGGAAGCUGUUUCGGGAGUUCAAGCACCGCGUAGCGGCCAACAGCGAAGAGGAGGUCGAUCUGCAUUGUCUCCUAACAAACUGCGCUCAAUCUCCCCAGAAACUCCGCUACGUGCACGAGAUUCUUGUCGAAAGUGACUUCACAGGCGCAGUGGAUGGGCUUACUUCGCUUUUUGGCCACUACAUGUCGCGAAUCGGCGAAAAGGACGAGCUCUCCAUUCUUAUCUGGCUGAGCCAGAUCUCAAGCAAAGUGCCGUGGAAACAGGCCGUCGAAAGUCCUGAAUUUGUCACGCAACUGACAGCGUUUGUCAGGGCCAGCAUGCAGCCCGAGACCAGCCCCAAAAAGGCCCUGAUGAUUGCAAAGCUGAUGGUGCAGGUGCUAAAGAGCAGCGCGGGCCCCGACAAUGCUUGCACUUCCCUGGUGCAGCAGUACCUGGAGUAUUUGGAAAAACACCACGACACUGCCUACCGCUAUCUGAACAGCUUCUUCCAAAGUUACAACCUGUCGACCAUGCAGAAAGACUACGCCAUGCCUACACAGGAGCAGACGGGCCGUGUGUCGAGGAAUAUUAUCAAGGUGUCGAGACUCAAGAAAAUCGUCUGGCUGGCGCACCAGGUCACCGUGGCAUAUUCCCCCGUGAGCGAGGCGUUUUUGCAAGGGUUCAAGAGCCUGCUGAACCUGUCCUCGGUGGCCACAUCCACGACAAACGUUUCGAUCGCGUUCGAGCUCGCGGUCUCUCUGUUUGACGGCCUCACUCUGAGCACUUAUAGGACCCAACACAUCUGGGAACACUUUAUCGUGUCGAAGCUGCCGGAGGUGUUCAAGCUGCUGACCAUCAGUCAGCAGAACCUCAGAGACACGCUGACGAACGCUUUCGAGACGAUUAAGAAUUACGACGAGCUCAAACAGAAGCUGAUGACAACUCUGGCCGAGUGCGAGCUCGUGGCUGAUAUGGGGGCUGUGCCGUCCGCACAGGACGAGCUCUCGCGGUUCCAAGCGGUGUUUGAGGACGCAAAUCCGGAGUUUGUGCCGCUGGAAGAGUCUGGAGCGUGCGAGCUCGUGGGCUCCGUGGACACACUGGCCGGCGAGCGGCGGCUGGCGCAGCUUGUGGCGGACGCCAUUGCCCGUUUUGUCCAGGAGGACGACCACGCACGGCUGAAGCGGCUGCUGGUCGCACUGACGAGCGUGCCGCACGUGCUGGACGGUGUGGUGCUGCACAAAAACCCGUACAGCUUUGUGCGACCUCUGGUGACUUACCUCGACGCGUCGAUCGGCCGAGGGUUUGGCCAGGAUGCUAUGGACGUCGACGGCGACUCUUCCAACCUGCAGGACACGCACGCGAACCUGGGAGCGCUGCUGCUGUUUGUAGCGUACUGCAGUUUCCGGUACUCGUUGGAUCUCAAGCGCGAGCACGCGGGCUCUGAGGCCGUGAGGAUCAUGGCUGACUGGGACCCUUUGCUGGACACGGCGCUCAUGGAGCAACUGCAGGAUCCGCAAUCGAGCAUCAACGCGGUCAUGAGCGACUGGGUAGCGUCGCUCUUCGAUACCAACAACACGGACGGUGUUUCGGACGAGCUGCUCAAAAAAUCUGCCUCGGUGCGCGAAUACUACGUGGCGAUCCCGUGUGUCGUGGGCCAGGCCGUGCGUGCAUGCCAAUUGGGGAUGAUUGGCUUUGACGACCUUGUAAGCGGGCUCGAAUACUGCCACCAGCCGUUCCUGCUGCCGACGCUUUUGAACGUGCUGAGGCACGUGACUGCGCUCACGUGGACAGAGGCCAGUCUGGAAGGGUCGGUGUUUGGGCAGGUGCUGGAGAAGCUUGUGGGCGCCGAGCUGGUCGGAGAGCUGCGUGUGCUGCACAGUAUGGUGCUUGAGAUGGCAAACGACGACCUGUUUGAGUGCGGCGUUCGGUCAUCUGCUGUGCGGCCGCCAGCACCUGCCACCAAACUCGAGGCCCUAAUUGCGUUUGUGAUCGACUCCGACGCCUCGCAGACGUUUGAGCUCAGUGACGUGUAUAAAAGCGCUGCCGGACAGCAGUUGGACUUUUUCUACCGCGAGCUGGGCCGUCUGCUGCGGGAACAGACGCAGUACCAGCCAUCAUUAUUUGAGCCGUUGAGCUACGAGCUAGUGGCCACGUUGAUGAUCAACUACGCAUCGUGGUGCGCGCCGGAAACACUCCAAAAGUGGAUGGCCGCGUCGGCAGAUCCAGCUGCGAUGUACAACCGCACGGGCCGCGUAAAAGUCAAGGUCGAGGAGUCUCUGGCGGACGACGAGAUGAACGACUCGAUCGGCUCGAACGACAAGCUGGGCGACAUGACCUUUGACGCAAACUUAUUUGGGUUUAUUGAAGAAGCGAAAUUGGACGAUCCCGAGCAGCAGGAACAACCGGAACGGCAAGGCCCGGACCUGUUCCAGGCCAAUUUAGCGGCCAUAGCAACGGAGUCCAGCACGCUGGUUGCAACCGUGCUGAAAAAUCUGGCUGUGCGGUACACGCACGACCGGGAAUAA